AUGGCAGACAUCACUGACAGAAUAGCCGCUGCCCGCAAGGAAGCAGAAACAUUGAAGGAGAAAAUCAAGCUGAAGAAAGAUACGUUGGCCGAUACUACUUUAAUGGCAGCCGAAAUUGAUCCUUUACCCAGGAUUGUGAUGAAAGAUGGUAAACUUAUUGUCUGGGACGCACCCACCACCAAUAAGGUCCACGCAAUUCCUCUUCGAUCAUCAUGGGUCAUGACUUGUGCUUAUGCGCCAUCCGGAAAUUUUGUCGCCUGUGGUGGUUUAGAUAAUAUUUGCUCUAUCUAUAAUUUGAAGACAAAAGAAGGUUCCGUCAAGGUCGCCCGAGAAUUGGGAGCUCACACUGGGGACAUGACGUGUAUGCUUUGGGAUAUUGAUGCCGGCACGAAAGUUACAGAAUUUAAUAAUCAUACUGGAGAUGUAAUGAGUUUAUCUCUUGCACCUAAUCAGCAAAUCUUUGUUUCCGGUGCUUGUGAUGCUACUGCAAAAAUCUGGGAUAUUAGAACUGGUCAUUGUGUACAAACAUUUACUGGUCAUGAAUCAGAUAUUAAUGCUGUGCAAUUCUUCCCUAAUGGCGAAGCGUUUGGGACUGGUUCUGAUGAUGCAUCUUGUAGAUUAUUUGAUCUUCGUGCCGAUCGGGAACUUAACCAAUAUACUCAUGAUAUUAUUCUUUGUGGCAUCACCUCUGUUGCCUUUUCCAUUUCUGGUCGCCUUCUUUUUGCAGGUUAUGAUGAUUUCAACUGCAAUGUAUGGGACACAUUAAAGGGAGAACGUGUUGGGGUGUUGGCAGCGCACGAGAAUCGUGUCAGUUGUUUGGGAGUAUCAACUGAUGGCAUGGCUUUAUGCACGGGCAGUUGGGAUUCAUUAUUAAAG